AUGGAGUCGAUCAUCACAAAGGCUGGGGAAAGUUUACCACCUUCACGUUCUAUGUCAUCUGGUAGCAGUUCUGGGCAGAACAUGGGUUAUUCACCCGGUGCCCCAACCGUAAUGCCAGGUUCUUCAAUGGGCGCGAAAAUGAUGACAGCUGAAAUGUUAAUACCAGGAUCCAAAUGUGGGUUGGUAAUUGGAAAAGGAGGGGAAACUAUAAAAAGCAUCCAAGAAAGAGCAGGUGUUAAAAUGGUGAUGAUUCAAGAUGGUAAUCAAGUUUCUUCUACUCCUAAACCUCUUCGAAUUAUUGGCGAAAUGGAAAAGGUUGAAUAUGCUAAAAGACUUGUGGAUGAAAUUAUGAAUUCGAAGGAUGAUAGAAUGCCUAUGUACAAUGACUACGGCAGUAUGUCUGGAAAUAAAAGCACCGGCGAAUCCGCUGUUGGUGUUAUAAUUGGCAAAAAUGGUGAAGCGAUCAGACGUUUGACGCAAGACACUGGUGCGAAAAUUCAGUUCAAACUCGACUUCAAUGCACCUGAAAGAACUGCGGUUAUCACCGGCACAAGAGAACAGAUAACGAAAGCAACUGAGCUAAUUACGGAUUUGGUCCACAGAGCAAAUGGCGACGCUGAUGUGUUUUACAUGCAUGUUCCAGCGAAUAAAACCGGAUUGGUCAUCGGCAAAGGCGGUGAAACAAUAAAACAGAUUGCUGCAGAGAGUGGUGCUCGAGUUGAACUUUCCAGAGAUCCGGUGCCGAACGAUCAUGAAAAGGUUUUUGUUAUAAAGGGCACUUCUCAGCAGAUUCAUCACGCUUCGCAUUUAAUUAGAAUUCGAGUUGGUGACUAUGGGCAGGCUUAUCCCACGCAGACGUCCGCACCAGUAGCUAAUAGUCAGCAGCCAGCAGCUAACCCUGCAGUUGCACCGGCGAUUAAUCCACAAACAGGCCAACCGGAUUACAGUGCUCAGUGGGCUGAGUACUACCGCUCUUUGGGAAUGCAUGAGCAGGCGGCUAUUAUUGAACAACAAGCUAGAGCAAAUCAGCAAAGUGCUCCUGCUGGGGCAUACAAUUCACUUAAAUUGUGCCAACCAUAUCCGUAA